CUUUUCUAGUAACUUUGCAACGAGUUUUCCCAAAUACCAGUCAGUUAUUUGCUUACAAGGAAGAAGUGAUCCUGAAAGCAAAACCAAAACUCAGUAGGCUGGGCUUCAAUCCUUCCUAAGAAGUGAUUUGAAUCACAACUGAAUUGCAAUGACGUCUUUUCUCAAUGGAAUAUACUUCCAUUAUCUGAUGGCUUUUCACUGUCCAUCUUCCUGUGCCCCUGGACCAGCUAGGAGGAGUCCUGGCUUGGGUCUACUGGUUGUUGCAGUGGUCUAGGCAGCAACCUGAGGUUUUUGUUUUGUUUUCUUUUGGCUGUUUGCUUUGCUGGCUUCUAUGAAGGAAUCUGAUGCAAAGAGCAACUUUUAUUCUUUUUUUUGUUUGUUUGUUUCUUUGCCUGAGGAGCAAGUGCCAAGUCCUGAUGAGUGAACAAAUCAUCAAGUCAUGAGACCAGCAAAACUACAGAAAGCAAAACUUCAGAAGGGCCUGAGACUUUCAAUUGUCUGUUUCAGAUCCGGUAGAGAACAUGUUCCUCCUCCUGCUAAUUUUGAGCCUGGGAGUACAGCUUCAUCAGACAAGAGCUUUAUUCAGAGUGGUGAUCCCUAAGGAACUGUACACAGCGGAACACGGCAGCAAUGUGACCCUGGAGUGUGAUUUUUACUCCGACGAUGACCUGGAUGUUGAAUAUCUACAAGCCAGUUUGCAAAAGUUGGGAAACAAUACAUCCUCGAACAGCACCACUUUGCUGAAGGAGCAGCUGCCCCUGGGGAAGGCCUUAUUCCACUUCCCCCGAGUCCAGCUGAGCGAUGCGGGGAAGUACCGCUGCGUGAUCAUCUAUAGGAGCUCCUGGGACUACAAGUACCUGACUCUAAAAGUCAAAGCUUCCUACAAGAAAAUAAACACUCGCAUCCUUCAAGUUCCAGAGACAGAUGAGGUAGAGCUCACCUGCCAGGCUGAAGGGUACCCCCUGGCAGAAGUCUCCUGGCCGAAUAUCAGUUUUUCUGCCAACACUAGCCACAUGGAGACCGCUGACGGCCUCUACCGGGUCACGAGUAUCCUGCGCCUAAAGCUGCUCCCGGGCAGAAACUUCACCUGUGAGUUCUGGAACGCUGAUGUGAAGGAACUUACUUCAGCCAUCAUUGACCCUCAAGGUGAGAUGGAACCCGAGGUCCCUUCAACUUGGCUGCUUCAUAUUAUCAUCCCUUCCUUCGUCAUUGCUUUAAUAUUCAUAGUUACAAUGAUAAUCCUGAAAAAACAACUCUGCCAAAAGCUUUCUUCAAGAAAAGAUUUGAACACGCGAUCUCUGGAGCUGGGGUGACUUGAUAGGACAUCCUCAAGAAGCCUCUGGACUCUGAACAAGAAUCCCUUAGCUCACAAAGCUUGUUUGUACUUUUCAAAUGGCCGAACAUGACCCAGCACUUUAAUCAGGAGACUACAACAAGGCUAGGCAGCUCCUGGCCACCAUGUGCUCAGAGGAAGGCAGGCAGCCCACCCCUUCACCCAUCCGCUCUCACCUCUCCAGCCUGUGACUGAGCCAGCACUAUUGCACUUUAGAAAAGGACCACAUUGGAUCCUGGACCCCAGUUCAUGUCCCGAGGCUCCUUCUUUGCUGUCAGAGUAAAAACAAAGGGAAUUAUUUCUCCCUAAGUUUCCAAAAACUUCCCAGAACAGAGAUGAAUGGAAAUCUUUAGCUGCAGAAAUAGAUUGCCAGUAAUUUUUAUCUAUAGGAAAAGCCUAUUGAAACUAUCAGCUCACAGACAGGGCUUUCUACAAAGUCAAGCCAUAAAUGACGCGCUUUAUAGCUUACUGGAAUCUUGAAAGCAUUUAAGUCAUUCUAAUCAACAGGAAGCAUUUAAGUACACAGUGGCCAACUACAAAUCAUGGAGGAAAGCCAUUGAGUAUUUUUGUGAGGUCUGAAUCACAAAGCAUUUAUUUUAUCUGUAAUUACAUCAUGUUGAGUGGUAGUUUUGUUGUUAUUUUUACUACAUCUUUCAUUCCAAACAAUCUGUUGGAUUAUUGUUGGGUUUUAGCCUUGUUGGAAAUCAAUGUACACAUUUAAAAUUCCUGGCAUGCUAAUAUGCUGUGCCUAAAAAGAUUUCAGAUGAGUAGCCAUGUGGUCAAAGCACCAAAGGAAAGCUCAUUUCCUGGGUCUCUGUAUGACUUUAACUUACCCUUUCAGUGGCUAUGAAGCUCAGAGCAUUAGUUGACCCAGGAACUAUCCAAAUGUGUAUAUUAGCAAGUAUAACAGUGUCUUGAACUGGUGCUCAGGCUAAGGAGAAUGUGGAGUUAAUGAAAAUGAAGGGGUGUGAAAAUGAGUAACAGACAAAUCAUAUAAUCCCUAAAUUCCUCCACUCUCCAUCUUUACAAAUCAAAGAAUGCCUUUGAAGAAUGAAACUCAAUUGUUCAUUCUUCAAAGUAUCCCAGAUAUUCUAAUUUUGGCUAAGUGCCCAUCCAGGGCCCAUCCAAGUCAGUAAGUUUAAUAUUCAUCAGGCCAGUUGGCUCCCAGAGGUUUGAAAGCCUUUCAUUUGGCUGCCCUCUUCAGAAGGGAAGGGUCCCAGUGCUGUUUUCCAGGUCCUCUGGGUUGGUCUGGGGUCCCUGUUGGAGGAGCAGUACCUCCGAAUGCUGUGGAGAUCAGGGCAGGCAGAUAAGGCCUUCCACUAGGGAAGCAAGCCCACCUAUUCUGAACCCCCACCUGCCCCCAGAUAUGUGGUUUGCAUGCUAAAUCCUUGGUUGGUGGUGUUUAACUUAGGAACCCAGUUGCAUAAUGGUUUCUGUCAAAAUACUGCCAUCUUUGGUCCUAGAUUGGGGCUAUUCUCCAGAAUACAGUGGGGCCUUGACUUACGAGUGUCCCGACUAAUGAGUUUUUCA